AUGAAGACUCGGCCAGUACUGAGUGUAGUUGCAUCAGACCACGAUCUUGACUACAAACACGACUAUGAAGAUAAGUUUGAAGCUUCGUGUGACAUCGGGGAGACGACUCUGUACAAAGCGGGUCUCCGGAUCAACAGCUCCGGUGUCACGUUUGCGGACGACAAAGCAGGACACAAGGAGGAGGACGAUGAAGUUGACGAGUGCGUUGUGGAGUCACGAAAGCUCGUGGCACUGGACAAACUGGUGACCAUCAGUAUGAUCGGUAGAGGCAGCUCUGGGCAAGUGUUCAAAGCUCGGCACUGUGAAUCGAACGCUCUGUACGCAGUCAAAGUGGUCACCAACGUGUUCGACAAGCCGAGACGCGACCAGUUGCUGACCGAGAUCCGUACGUUGUAUGGUAUCGAGAGUGAACAUCUCGUGGGGUUCUACGGCGCAUACUUCCAGGACCACGCGUUAAGUAUCGUACUCGAAUUCUGUGCCUUGGGGUCACUAGAUCAACUGCUUGCAAAGUUGCCGAAAGAUGACGAUGUGGUACCUGAACGAGUUAUUGCUGCCAUCGCUAUGCAGAUAUUGACUGGACUCGCACACCUCCAGCUUGUUCGCCAUGUUCAUCGCGAUAUCAAACCUCAAAACAUUCUCGUUCAGCAGGACGGAGCUGUGAAGCUCACGGACUUUGGACUUGCUCGUGAACUAAGUUCGUCCACCAGUAUGGCACAAACUUUCGUGGGAACAUUCAAGUACAUGGCACCGGAGCGUGUACAGAACGAACCCUACGACUACAAGUCUGACAUUUGGAGCCUUGGUCUUGUGCUCAUCGAGUGCGCGACACAAACCUUCCCGUACGCGAAUGCACGGAGCUACAUCGACGUUGUCCAGAGUAUAGUUGAAAGUCCAGAACCUAGCUUGCCAGAGGAUGAUGCUAACGGAAAGCCAUUCACCCCCGAGUUUCACGACUUCAUCGGUCGGUGUCUGAAGAAAGAGCCUUCCGAGCGUGCGUCAGUAGAGGAACUCCUCGACUCCCCGUGGCUUCAGCUUCAUAGCGCUACGAGCACUGAACGUUCAAUUCGUCGCACUGAACGUUCAAUUCGUCGGUGUGCUACGUGGCUUCAGCAACUUCAUCUUGUCAACGAGGAGGCAUCUGAAGCAAAGGAAUUGUGUCACGAGGAACAAGACGCUAAGGAGCUCAAGGCGAAGCAACAUGACGACGAAGAAGAAAUUGAAGAAGCCAUCGAGGUGGGCCAGGAUUAA